GAAACGGAUAAACGGUAAAUAUAAUAAUAUAAAAAAUAAAGUAAAAUACAUUAAAUAAAUAAAUCAAACGAGAAAGGAGAAGACAGUGGGGAGAAAUGGAUUGGGGGUGCGCACUACUCGACGAGGCGCAAGUUAGCGGUCAUCCGCUAUAUCUCUGGGUCCUUCCGUUUCCGCUUCUUUAUCCCUCGAAACCUAGACGCACAUCUGUUGUUUCGCUCGCAUUCCCCUCCCACCCGUGUAGAUCUGAAGAUCACAUCCUCUGGCCUCCUCUCCGUCUUUCCUCGCGCCUUCGGUUUUGGCGAAGAUCGGCCUCCAACGUUUUCUUCUGCGCGAACCGCUCUUUGCCCCAUCGCCAUCAGGCCUUGUUGAUUUUCAGAAGAACUUUUGAGGCAUAUGAUGACUAUCAGGAUGAAGUGGAAGGGGAUGAAGAAGAGGAGGAAGAAUAUGAGCAAGAAGAAGAAAUGAGACCUACCGCCGAAGAACUCAAAUAUCUUAGUUACAGAGAGCAGAAGAAGGAACAGAUUAGGAAGAAGAUGCAGAAGGAAUAUGGGGCAGCUGCUCCUAGGUCCCAAGAUAAUAAGCGAAAACCUCCUCUUGAAAGUUUCGGUUCAUUUUUUGGUCCUUCUCAGCCAGUUAUAGCUCAGAGAGUUAUCCAAGAAAGCAAAUCAUUGCUGGAGAACCCUCACUUGGCAAUGAAAGUUAUAAACUCACAGCGUAAUGUACGUGUCCUGUCUGAUUAUUCUUGUUAGGAUAUAAAUGUAUGGCCCAUUCAUUAUUUUCUUGUGAAUGCAGUAAAUUAGCUGAAUAUUUUUAUUAAUGGCUGCUUUUGUGGCUGAGGAUAUAUUGGGUUUGGCUAGAAUGACUUAAGACUUUUGAGUUCAUGCUGGUGUUUGGUCUCGGGAAUCUAGCAUACGAGGACAUGAAAAGAACCCUUUCCAAUUUUUAGAUAUUGGGGUUACGUUGUAGUAGAGAAAUGUAUAUGAGAAUGAUUAACCUGAAAUUACAUACUAAUUUAUUAAUUGAAGUUAAAGAUCCUGUGUGUUUACUUGGAAAUCCAUGAUUUAUCUAGUAAGAUGGUUUAUUGUCAAGAGUUUUGAAUUGUUUGCUCUCUCCUUCAUAUGUGGUUCUUGCCCGGAUGAGAUAUGGUGCUCUUUUGGUCACUAUUGAUUUGCGUAGCAAACUUGAUAUCAUAUACUCUUGGCUACUGCUUCAGGAGAAACGUAGUUCAUCAACAGCCGCUGCUUCGACGAAUGGUGUAACUGAGAGGAUAUCAAAAGUGAAAAAGGAGCUGCAAACAAAAGUCCAGAAAAUCAAGGCCACAAGGGAUUACUCAUUUCUGUUAUCAGAUGAUGUAGAUGUCCCAGUUCCGGCGAAAGAUCCUGCAGUAAAAAGAGUGUCUGUUCCUCAGUCUGAGGCGCGAUCUGCUCAAGUGCAACAGAAGAGUAAACAGCCUAUGGGCAAUGGUCACAGGCAGGCGAAUGGUGCUCGUGAGCAGCAGAGGAGAUCGGUUCCCAUGAAUGGCCAACCGCAGUUGAGAGCAGGGCCUGGCAAGGCUAUUUCAACUUCAAGGGGUGGACCAACUGCAGCACCACUAGACUCAAGGAGGCAGCUCGGUAACUACAGUGGUAUUGGACCAGGACGGCCAUCGACAGGGUCAAUGAAAGGGUUGCCUGCAAAGAUUGCUGCUGGUCAUGUGGAGAAGAAGAAUCCUUUGCCAGCUUCCAAGACCAUAUUACCCGCAACUCGCAAGCCUCUCCCUUCAAAAAUGCAGUCAAGCAUUCAACGGCCUCAGUUGGAAAUCCGGAGGGCAGUGCAAGAACCGAAUAGACAUCCCGCGCACAGAAGGGUCGUGCAGGAUGCGAGUAGACAGUUGGAGAACAGAAAAGCAGCACACGAACCCAGUAGAUCUAAAUCGAUAUCAAAUCAACAAUCACACUCUAGACCACAGAUGAAUAAGCCGCCUGUCAGACCAACCUCAUCAUACCCAUCAGCACAACAGAGUCGUGUGAUUAAAAGGCCUGCUCCUCAGCGUUCCGAUGAUGGGUACAAUGACCGCUACAGUAAGCCAGUCAAAAGAAUAGUCCAGCGUGAUGUCCGACCUAAGAAAAAGCAUUCUGAGGAUGAAGACGCUUUCGCUGAGCUUAGACAGAUGUUAGGGUAAAGCCGCUCAUCCUUGAUCUUCUUAGUUUCUUGUCAUGUUGCUUCAGCAGUUGAAUUGGUGCCUAUUGAUUUUUCCAAUGGUCUCGCAUUUUCUAUUUCGUUGUGAUGCCAUCUUGUUAUAUGUUAUAGCGUAUACGGUCAUCAGUCAUGGUAAGACAAGUGUCAAGUGAGCUGCUCUGUUACUAAGCCACGGUCUUUCCCAGGGUAAUGCAUUUAGACAAGGUUUUAGGUGUGAGGGCUACUGUGUGUAUUAGCAGUGCUGUGACUGUCAUUGCUUGCCGGUAUUUGGCGAUAUACAGAAUUGUUGGGUCUUCUCUGGUUAGUUUUAGGGAGUGAAUUAACACUGUCUUUCACCCUAUCAACCUCUUUUGAUGCAAUGCUAAAUCUCUGAUGAUUCAUGAAUGGUUUCUCAGGAGGCCAAAGUACGCGGAUUAUGAUGAUGAUGAUAACAGUGACAUGGAGGCCAACUUUGAUGACAUACUGGAGGAAGAGAAGAGAAGCGAGAGAAUAGCGAAGCAGGAGGAUGAAGAAGAACUGAGGCUGAUAGAGGAAGAGGAGAGGCGCGAAAGAAUGCGAAGAAUGGCUAAGAAGCGCAAGUUAAGCCAUUAAACCGUUAGUUUUUGCAUUCAUCUAAAGGCGGGAGGAAAAUGAAGAACAAGAGAAGUCGGUACUCAUGUAGUUUGAAUUGGGUCCUCAUUGUUGCUCGAUUUCAGCACAGAUUUUUUUAGAAUGUUAUGUAGGCACAAUUUUUAGAUGUAAUCUCAUGGCCAAAUAAAAUAUUGGGGGUUUCUUAUGA